AUGUAUAUGAAUUAUGGGCAAGCUUCUGGAGGAGUGUCUACACAUUCUUCAUCAAGAAAUCAGAAAGCAAAGCUCGUUUUCGAUUAUGGUGAAUUACUUAAAGAACUUUCGACACCAAAAAUAAAGUCAAUUGGUAAUUAUAUUUUAGGGGAAGACCUUGGUGAAGGUUCAUUUGGACAAGUUAAGCUUGCGACACAUAGAUUAACUGGUCAAAAUGUUGCCAUAAAAAUAAUACCAAAGAUUCAUGCUGAGCAACUUACUGGCGAAAUACACCAUCAUCGUUAUCUGCAUCAUCCAAACAUUAUAUCUCUACUUGAAGUUAUACCUACCGAAACACAAAUAUAUAUGGUAUUAGAAUAUUGUAAAGGUGGUGAGUUAUUCUAUCUUCUUGACGACAAUAAAGGAGGCUUUAACGAGAAGUCUGUGCGAAAAAUGUUUAGUCAGCUUUGUAAAGCUGUUAAAUAUUGUCACGAUAGAAGAAUUGUUCACAGAGACCUUAAACUUGAGAAUGUUCUACUAGAUUCCAAUAAUAAUGUUAAAUUAGGUGAUUUCGGCUUUGCUCGUGAUUGUGAAAUAAAUCAACUCUUGGAAAGCGGGUGUGGGUCACCGGGUUAUACAGCACCAGAAGCUGAUAUAUGGUCAUUAGGCGUUAUUUUAUAUACUUUACUUUGUGGUGAACUUCCAUUUGAUCAUGAAGAUGAAGAAGAACAACAAGUUAUGAUAAACAAAAUAUUAAGUGGGACAUAUCAAGUGCCAGAGUCAUUAUCAGAUGAGGCUAAAGAUCUAAUUAGAUCGAUAUUAAAACUCGAUCCUACGCGACGACCUACAAUAAAACAGAUUUUAAAACAUCCUUGCAGAAGAGGUGCAAAGAAAGAUAGUCAAAAAACCGAAAAAGACAAUUCAGACCAUUUGAAUCCCAUAAGAUAUCUUGAAAAACAGCGUCAAGAAUUAUUUGCCACAAAGCAGUCACCAAUAGAUAAUAACAAUCAAAAGACAUUCAACCCUCGUGAUAAUCAUCAUAACUUUGGAAAAAAAGCUGUACCUUCUGCAUAUCGACGAUAUGGUACUACUAUACAAGCACAACAGGCUAUAAGUUCACCCCCUAAAUCAUUGGGACCAUCAAAAUCUACUAAGGCUUCAAGAAGAUAUUCGAUUGAUAGUAAAGCUUUUAACGAGAAAGUGCUUUUUACUACUGCUGAAGAAAAAGAAUUAUUAGAGAAAAUGGAAGAUUUAGGAUUUGACGUGGCAGAAAUUAAAAAAAGUGUAUUAGAAGAUACCACAAAAAUUACGGUGGAUGUUGCUAUUGGUACUAGUGAUUUUGAGAUUAAAAUAACGAAAGAAAAUGACGGUGAAAAAGAAAAUAUUACCAUUGAAACUCCUGAUGAUAAUAUUACCAAUUCGCGAUCCUCAAAUGAUUCUGCAGAUUUGGAGGUGGCUAGAACAUUAAAACUGAUCGAGGAUGAUAGUUUUCUUACUCCGCCGCCUAGAACUUAUCAUGCAGUACCAGCCACAAGAGAACGUCGAAAGUCAUUAAUACUAGCACAUCCCGAAGCUGUAGAACCUGUCUUAACAACAAUAACGGCUACUGCAUCUCCUCCUUUAUCACCUAAAAAAUAUUCUUCUUUUACAAGCCCUUUAAGCUUACUUUCAACGAUAAAAGGUUGGUGGGGAGGAGCUUCACAUCAUCCUAAGGAUGGCGGUAUUGGAAGUGGCGGAUAUAAAAAAACUGGUUUGAAUUGGCCUGAUAAUGGUGCAGUUGUCCCUUCUGAAUAUGUACGGCCAAGGACAAGAACCAAUCGAAGGAGUGGUAGUAAAACACCCCCAAAUUAUGAUAUCAAUAAUGAUAGAAGAUCAUUGUCCCUACCAAGUAAUUCACUUCGAGAUAAAAAGAAGAAAAGAAGUUCACUGCAAGGUAGUAAAAGUCGACGUCCAAAUCAACUGUCACCUUUAAUGAUACCCCCCGUUACUCCUUCUGUGGUACUCUCGCAUAAUUCCCCUGCAUUGACGGCACCCAUUCCUGGUACUCCUCCUGCUCGUACGAAAGCUACUUUCACGAUCAAUCGACGCAAACCUUUCGCAUAUCCUGGAUCAUCAUCUUGGGGUCGAAAGACAGUUAAAAGGCAAAGUAAUGGCUCAAUUAAUAUUCUUUUGGAUAAUUUCAACAAUGCUGGAUUUGGCUCAUCUGAAAAUGUAAACGAUAAAAGUGCUGAUGUUGAAAAUGAACAUUACACUAAUCAUAGCACCAAUAAUAAAAAAAUUAACAUUAAGAAUAGUGGUAGCAAUAGUAAUCGUCAUUAUCAUCAUCGGGAACAUAAUAUUAAGGACACUUUAGAGAAAAGUGCAAUAGAAAAAUCUGAUGAUGUUGCUGUUCAUCAAACAGAAAAAACAGUAGUAAUAAUACAACAACCCUCAAUGCUCUCUCAGCCUUCAAAAAUCAACAAUAAUUUAGAAGCUUCUUCCGAUAAAACUAAAACAUUUCCACGACAAGUUAUAAAUGAACUAUCAAAUUAUAUCUCAUCGCCUCCUUUGUCGCCCACCAAAGAUAUCGAUGAAAAUCAUGUAAAGUCGUCAGAAUUUUCCGUAUCUCGAGGUCUUGUUCCUGCGGUAACAACAAAUAAUGCUUCUAUUAUCGAUUUAAAAAAUAAUAUUCAAUCCCAAAAUGAAAAUAUAUCGCCCAUACAAGGAGAUCAAAUAAAUUCAUCGAUAGAUUUACUUUCAACACCUCCAGAAUCACCUAUACUUCCUGCACUACAACCAUCUUCACCUUCCUUUUUAAAACCAUCUCAAGCUCAUCAUCAUAAACCUCGUGCUCGUUCUUCUCCAUUACCUCUGGAUACUACUAAAAUAUCAGAGUCCGAAAAAAAGCUCAUUAUUGGCAGUGCCGAUAAUCGAAAAGCCCAAAAUGGAACAUCUGAAAGCCACUCAAAAAAUGACUUUUCACUGUUAUCGUCAUCACCACCAACAAAAGGAAUUUCUCCUCUUAAUGCAUCACAUCGAAUAUUUCAAAUGAAUAAUCAUGUUGAUCGUGUUAUUAGACGUGGUAAUACUCCAGGUUCUCGGUUUUCCAUAACAAGUCGAGAUAACCCGAGUAAUAAUAAUAUCUCUGGGCUGAGUGCUGGUCGUCGACCAAUUAUGUAG